ACACAUUCUCCAAAUCCGAUUAGAACAUAGACGAGAGCAAACCGCCUCUCUCGCCCUCUAUCUCAGUGUCUCUUAUCUCUCAUCCCCACUCCUCCAGUUUUUCCUCUCCUUCUCCAAUUUCGAUUCGUCUACGGAACAAGUCAGUAAUUAAUGAGGGUAAUUUAAAGUAACCCCCCGCUCGCUGCUUCGUCAUUCUUCUCUCUAAAACCCUCCGCCCCAGCAAAACCUAGACAACCACCGCCGCCUCCCCAGUCCCCAUCAACACAGUCACGAUCACACUGUUUCUUUCUCGACACACACAAACGAGCACGACGGAGACUAGGAUGGUGAUGAACAACAGACCGCUGAAACGAGCCAGGAGGAACAGGGUCACCGCCGAUCUACACGACUUCCUCACCUUUCCUGGCGAAGAGCUCAACUCUUCGUCGGAAUCGCCAGGAGGAGGAGGGCCCUUCAGGGAAACGGUGAAGGCCUUCCUCGCCCGCCACGCCCGACUCACUUCCCCGCCGUCCCUCUUCCCUUCACUCCUCACAUGGCAGACAGCCUUUCGUGUCGGCGAUCUAGUCGACGGACCAGAUCUCUCGCCGCUUGUUGUCGCGCUCGAUGUUGUCGAGGAAGAUGUUACCAGAUCUAGCGCAUCUGUUUACUGCAACCAGUGCCGAGUCGUAGGCUGGAGCAAUCAUCCGGUAUGCCGGAAACGUUACCAUUUCAUCAUAAGGGCGAAUGGUAGUCCUUCCGACGGCUUUCAGAAGCUGUGUAGCAGAUGUGGCAAUUCCCUCCAACUCUCAGAGUCCAGGUGCAAGUGGUGCGACUUUGUGCUUACAACUGAUGAUUUGGCGGAGUGGGUUUACUCCCAGUUUGAGGACAGCUCUCACUUGCUUCACGGCGUCGUGCACUCCAAUGGAUAUGGUCACCUCCUCAGGGUCAACGGCAAAGAAGGUGGCUCUCAAACUCUCACCGGCACCCAUGUCAUGAACUUCUGGGAUAGGCUCUGCACUUCUCUCUCAGUCAGGAAAGUAUCUGUGAUGGAUGUGUCUCGCAAGUACGGUACAGAGUACAGGCUGCUUCAUGCCAUUACUAAAGGGCAUUCAUGGUAUGGCAAUUGGGGUUAUGAAUUUGGCAACGGGAGCUAUGGCCUAACAUCAGAGACUUACCGACAAGUAGUUGAGACCCUUUCAAGAGUGCCAUUAGACCAGAUUUUGUUCCAUGGCCGUGGCCCACGGACAAGCUUGCAGGCUGCCAUCUCGUUCUACAAGUCAUUGUCCAACUCCGAGCUUCUGACCCUGAAAGACCUCUUUUCCUUCUUGCUGAGGCUGUUACAAGAAAGCAACAUGGCGACAUCAGAAUCCGUAUCAACAGUUAAACGUGAUUUGGGAGGCUGCCCUAGUUCAAGAGUGUUGUGUGCUUGGUCAAGGAAUGAUGUAGAAGAGUUGCAAGAGUCUAUGAUCAAGGUGUUGACAGCAGCAUCUGGUGAGACCAAGUGGGUAGCCAGGCACACACUUAAGGGUGUCAUGUGCAAAAGAGCUUCUCCUGAGCUUCUCGACUAUUCCCUCAAACACCUAGGAGGAAAGUUGGCAUCAAACUGCAUGAUGGUCCAGGCGCGAUGCAGCCCUAGCUCCUAUGAUGUGGAAUUCAGCUUAAAAUCUGUCGACAGGCUGGAGCCUGUGUCUUCCGCACCAUUUCAAACACUUGAGUCAAACUAUCCCUCAAGACAGCAGGUCAAAAGUGACCUGAAAUUCUUAUUUGAUUCAUUAGUCAAUCCUGAGACCAUGGUGCAGUACAGACCCUCGACUACAAGGCAAACAGUGAUUGACGCUGCAACUAAGCUUACUGACUGCAAAGAAUUUAUGAAGGACUUCAAACCUUACCAAAAGCUUGUAAAUAAUCCGUUAGGCAUUUACCUCAUGUGCCAGGUAGAGCUUUCUGACCAAUUCAAAGAGGAGAAUCAUCCAACAAUACCACCAGAACUACUGGUAUUGCCUUGGAAUGCUACGGUUGUGGACCUAAAGAAUGAAGCUGCUAGAGCAUUUCGGGAAGUAUAUGCCAUGUGUAAAAGGCUUCAGGUUGAUGCACUGCUUGACUAUGGCUUGGUUGAAGAUUCCUUUACCCUAAAAUUUCUGAUUGGAUCAACUGGAGCAGUGAAGGUGAAAGGGACAUGCCCCUCCAAGAGUGCAGUCAACCGUUACCGACUGGAGAGGGGCACAGAGAAUUGGACUGUAGAUUGCACAUGUGGGGCAAAGGAUGAUGAUGGCGAGAGGAUGUUGGCUUGUGAUUCCUGUGGUGUGUGGCAGCACACAAGGUGUAUUGGGAUUGAAAAUUGUGACCCAACUCCUGAUAAGUUCAUGUGUAUUAGAUGCAUGAACUUGUUGUCUCAUCAAAGGUCUGACCAAAAAUCAUCCUGCUCCAUUACUAAUACUGAGCAGUCAUCUAAAGGUUCUACCUCCCAAGACAAUGUCUCCACUUGCAGGGAAGCUGAAGCUGCGGCAGUAAAAGUAGAAAGUAAUGAGCUAACUGUAACUUUCAGUGUAGGCUAA